GCGCGCGCUCUUCUUCGUCUGGGACUUCGGUCUAUGUCCAGGGGACGAGCGGUGAAGACCUUCUGUGUGCGCUGGGCGGUGCGAGGACUCGCGAGCCGGAGGGCCUGGCGCGUUCCGAAGGUCCAGCCCGCCUUAGCCCGGGAGCGUGGGGGCGGCACGUGCAAAGGUCCGGGGGCACACGUGUGUCCCGCGCGGGAUUGCUGGGCGCAGAGGCUGCAAGGGCCGGCGGCCGGGCGGGUGGCGGGAGCGAUGGCGCCCCUUGGGGAAGGGAGCGAUGACCCUGUGCUGCCAGACCUGCCCCGGGGGCCCCUGCAUGCGGCCCGCGCCCGCGCCUCCUUCCCCUGGAAGGAACUGGCGCUGUUCUGGGAAGGGCCGGACAUGCUGCGCUUCAAGAAAAACAUCUUCUCGGCGCUGGAGAACGACCCCCUCUUCGCCCAUCCCCCCGGCAGUCUCUCGCUGGAGAAGUACCGGGAGCUGAACUUCCUGCGCUGCAAGCGGGUCUUCGAAUACGACUUCCUCCGCGUGGAGGACUUGCUGGGGAACCCGCUGAGGGUCCUGGCGCUGAUCCAGUGCCUGGGCAUGUACGACUGGUCCCUGGCCACCAAGUUCUUCCUGCACACGCUGACCUUUGGAUCAGCGAUCUACAGCUCUGGUUCUGAAAGGCAUUUCAAAUAUCUUCCAAAGAUCUUCAAUAUGGAGAUUUUUGGAUGUUUUGCUCUGACUGAAGUGAGUCACGGGAGUAAUACCAAGGCCAUGCGGACGACCGCACACUACGACCCCACCACUGAGGAGCUCAUCAUACAUUCCCCUGAUUUCGAAGCCGCCAAGUUCUGGGUUGGCAAUCUGGGCAAGACGGCUACGCACGCGGUGGUGUUUGCCCAGCUGUACACGCCGGGGGGCCAGUGCCACGGGCUGCACCCCUUCGUCGUGCAGAUUCGGGACCCGAAGACCCUUCUUCCCAUGCCAGGGGUGAUGGUUGGCGACAUCGGAAGGAAGCUUGGACAGAACGGUCUGGACAACGGAUUUGCCAUGUUCCACAAAGUCAGGAUUCCUCGCCAGGACCUGCUGAACCGCUCAGGAGAUAUCACCCCCGAGGGCACCUACGUCACCCAUGUUAAGGACGCCAGGCAGCACUUCAGCGAGUCCCUGGGCAGCCUGUCCUCCGGCCGGGUCGCCAUCGCGGGCAUGUCCGUCGUGAACCUAAAGCUGGCCGUGUCCAUAGCUCUGCGUUUCUCAGCCACCAGGCGUCAGUUUGGACCAACAGACGAGGAGGAAGUACCGGUGCUGGAGUAUCCGAUGCAGCAAUGGCGUUUACUUCCGUACCUGGCCGCGGCCUAUGCCUUGGACCACUUUUCCAAAUCUCUCUUCCUGGAUCUGGUGGAGCUUCAGCAAGGCCUUCUGGGGAAAGACCGGAGCGCCAGGCAGGCAGAGCUGGGACACGAGAUCCACGCCUUGGCGUCGGCCGGCAAGCCCCUGGCCUCGUGGACGGCCCAGCGCGGAAUCCAGGAGUGCCGGGAGGCGUGCGGAGGACACGGCUAUCUGGCCAUGAACCGUCUGGGAGACCUCAGAGAUGACAAUGACCCGAACUGCACAUACGAAGGCGACAACAACGUCUUGCUGCAGCAGACCAGCAACUACCUGCUUGGCCUGCUGGUGCGCCGGGACCAAGACGGUGCCCGCAUUGAGAGCCCGCUGAAGACCGUGGACUUUCUGGAAGCCUAUCCCAACCUCCUUGGCCACGGGUUCGAGGGUUCCAGCCCUGAGGACUGCUUGGACUCCUCAGUCCCGCUGGCGGCAUACGAGUGGUUGGUCUGUUACCUGCUCCGCGAGAGUUAUCAGAAAUUAAAUCAAGAGAAACAAUCGGGAAGCAACGACUUUGAAGCAAGAAACAACUGUCAGGUGUACUGCUGCCGCCCCUUGGCCCUGGCAUUCCUGGAGCUCACGGUCGUGCGGAGGUUCCACGAGCACGUGCACCAGCCCGACGUGCCACCCCCGCUGCGGGCUGUGCUUGGGCGGCUCAGCGCUCUCUAUGCCCUGUGGUCCCUGAACCAGCACACGGCCCUGCUCUACCGAGGUGGCUACUUUUCUGGUGAACAAGCAGGUAAAACGGUAGAGAACGCCAUCCUGGCCCUGUGUGCCCAGCUGAAAGACGAUGCUGUUGCCCUGGUUGAUGUGAUCGCCCCUCCUGACUCCAUCCUGAACUCACCGAUCGGCAGAGCUGACGGCGAGCUCUAUAAGAACCUCUGGAGCGCUGUGCUUCAGCAAAGCAAGGUGCUAGAGAGGGCCUCGUGGUGGUCGGAAUUCUCCGCCAACAAGCCCGUCCUAGGAAGCUUGAAAUCCAAGCUGUAGUCGCACUGGCUGACCAUGAUGAAGCCGUGAAGACGUGGACCUCGAGUUCAAGUUCUGGAGGCCCCAGAGACGGCUGCCGCUCUCCGAACCCACAGCUCUGCCCUUGCCCGGCUGCUCCUCCCGUGGAGCCCAAGGCGGGCCUGGCUCAUCCUGGCCUGCCCCCCACCCCGAGUCCCAGCAGGACGGGUAACGCCUGAAGGGCAGGGCUGAUUUGCUGGGUGAAAAGAAAACCUGUAAGAUCAUUUCUUCCUGAUGGACUGAGCACUUUUUGAUAAUUAGAGCUUUGUACGUUCUAUUUUCAUAUGCUGAUUGUGAAACUGGUCGUUGGUGAUUCGGGUCGGGCAAUAUUCUACCUUCAUCUGAGACUUCUUACAAGGCUGUGCUUGUAACACUACACCCUGUACGAUGCCAGUCUGAUUCUUCGUUCACUCUGGUUUGACUUUCUCAUGUAAUUAAAUUAUAACCUUACUCAUUUGCACCAUGGACCACCCGAAUGACAUAGUUGAAGAUUUUGCAGGAAAAGAAUAUCAGUUUUAUUACUUUGUUGUGUGGAACUGGAAGCUUCCAUCAAAGAAAUGUUUCCAAAGGAAAAAAAAAUGCAUAAUGAUU